UCCGGGAAAAGCGGCCCAGCGGGCGUGGCCAUCACGGGAUGAGUAAACUCCGUGGCCCCGGGGCGCCGUCGGCGAAGGAUAUAGCCAUGGCUUCUGCUGUCCAGGAGCCGACGAUGCCCGUGUGGCUGACGGCGGAGGAACUGCAGUGCUCCAUCUGCCUGGAUCUGCUCAGCAACCCGGCCACCGUGGAGUGCGGCCACAGCUUCUGCCUGGGCUGCAUCCGAAAAUGGCUGAAGGGCCAGCACGAAUGUCCCAACUGCAAGCGCCGUGUGGACCAGAAGUUGCCCGAGCGCACCGUCUUGCUGAACUUGAUCUUGGAAAAGUAUAACUGCCUAGCUUCCAACGACCCGCUUCCCACGGGGACCUCGCGUCUGGCGGAGCCGGGCUUCCCAGACGGGGCGAGACGCAAGCGGGACUUCUCCCUUGCCAGGCAAGGUUUUCAGGAGUAUAUGUUUCAAACCAGAAGCUCUAUUUCAGAAGCUUUCAGUUUUAUGAAAAAGUGCAUUUGUGAUCAAGAGGAAAUGGUGCUAAGGAUCAUUGAAGAAGAAUGGAAAGUGGCUCGACAAAUAAGAGACUCCACUGACAAGCAGCUCAAUGGAAAAAUUCACAACAUUUUGGAUUUGCAGAAUAAAUUUGAAGAAGUGAUGAUGAAAACUUCAUCAGGACAAGAAGCUUAUAUUGGCGAUCCCAUUCAGAAGAUCAGCAAUAUUGCCAGUGCUGUUGAAGAGUUAAGGAGACAACUGGAAGCAGCAGUUUUGAGGAAUUUCCCAGCGCAGCCAUCUCAGAAGCCUUCUCCAGGAACCAGCAACAAUAGUGAAGCUGCAGCUGAUGGAGCAGAAGAAAUGUUCCUUUCCAGUGAUUCCUUCCCAAGGAAUGAUUCCAUCCAGGAAGCAAGCAGCUCUUCAUCAUCAGCGCCAUCUCCUAGGGACAGAGAAUUGCAGAUGAUUUCAAGUAGAUUUUCUCAGUGGAUGUCUAUCGUUACAUUUGAUGAUGAAAGAGUUGGUUGUAGUCUUGAACUCACAGGCAAUAAAAGGAAAGUGAGAGUGUCUUGUGGUCGCAAAGAAUAUGGACGUUCCACGAAGAGAUUCCGCAACAGUCAGGUGCUGGGUUCUCCGGGUUUCUCUGAAGGCUGCCAUUACUGGGAAAUAAACACCAAGGAAUCUUCUCAAUGGGCCAUUGGUGUUGCCAGUGGGGACAUUGGCAGAAGCGACCGACUAGGGAGAAAUGAAUUAUCCUGGUGCAUAGAAUGCAAUGGGCAACGUAUCUCAGCAUGGCACAACAGUCAAGAAACCAACAUUGACGAAGAUAGGCCUUUGCGGGUUGGAGUUUUCCUUGACUUUCCAACAAAAAGUUUGUCUUUUUAUUCUCUCACUGAUAAAGAAACGUGCUUACAUAAGUUUGAAAUCAAUGCAGCAAAUCCAGUUUACCCUGCUUUUUGGAUUUAUGGUUUAAAAGUUGGUGAGAGUUUAACUAUAAAUGAUAUUAAUAGGAAUUAACUUUACGCCACAAUUGUAUAUUGUCUUAAUAAGUAUUUGCCCUCUAAAGACUCUUUAAGAUUC